AGAAGUAUCCCGGAUUUGCAUGAGUUUUGUUAACGUACUGUAUUGUUUGAGAAAGUGGAUAUUCGCUAAACAAGAAAAAUGAAAAUUAAGGCAAAUAAUUGUAUUAAACUUUUUUACUAGAUACGCUGGGUUUGCGACGUGACAGUUAUAUCGUUUUAAAAUAUAACUCCGCCUGCUCGGGCGGUAUCCUCAAACAUAAGAGCGUAACCGCUCCUUUUGGAAACCCUGACAGGUGGUUGGUUGUAUUGCGCGUCAAAACACGACAAGCUGUGGUACACGUUUGUCUUUUCAUUAUUGUGCUUGUGUCAACCUACAAGACCAAUCUGCGUGAUUUGGAUAAAAAAAAUGUCUCUGGCCAAGGAUCUGAUGCACCCCAGUUUUGCAGAGCAGAAGAGACGACACAAGAAGAAGAGGCUGGUGCAGAGCCCCAACUCCUUCUUCAUGGAUGUCAAAUGUCCAGGCUGCUACAGGAUCACCACCAUCUUCAGCCAUGCCCAAGCAGUGGUACCCUGCGGGGGCUGCUCCUUUGUCCUCUGCCAACCUCAGGGGGGGAGAUGCCGACUGACUGCAGGCUGCUCCUUCAGAAGGAAACCUUGCUGAGCAGAGAGAUGGGGAAGUCAGCAAGGAGCUGCCAAUUGGCACAAACAUAGAUCUUAUAGAGAUGAAUGAGUUUCUUUAAUAAUUCCUGACUUGGGUUGGAUCACAGAAGAAUUUCGUGUUUGGUUUCAAACCAUCCUUGCCUGAGAAGUUGGCAGCAUUAAUUUUGAGAACUUUUAUUGAAAUUUCCCAUCUUAGUUUCACAUUAACAUUGAUCCAAGAAACUUGAGAAUCUUAUACCUACAAGUACCCGUUAGUUCAGAAUAGCUCAUGUCUAAUGACACGGAAUAUAACUAUUGUUUCUAAGGGUGGGAAUACCUGCAGUCAGUAGAGUCUUGAAGAGGUCACUUAGAUGAGUGAUGAAACAUUUCUCUCUCAAUACAUGUGUCCAAAUGAACUGAUUCAACUUUGUUACCUUACCUGGAUUAUUGAGCAUGCAUAAAGACAUUGAAUAUGAAUUGUAAAAUAUUUUCAUGCAUUAACUGAUCUUUUGUGGUACUUCAUAUAGAACGCCUGCAUAAUGCAAACAAGUGUUUUUGACUGCCCCUCAGGUAUGUGUGCAAAAUGUCUAUUGUUUUCAAAAUGCAAAAAAAAAAUGUCGAAUCAUGUCUUCUGUAAAAAAAACUUUUAUUAGGUUGAAAUUGGGAGGGGGGGUGAAAACAGAUCAGUCAAAUGUGAGGCUUUUUUGUACGGCGGUAGAGUGACACAGAACCAUGAUAACAAACAAUAAAACAUGUCAAAGGUUUAUUGUCUCUGGUAUGUGUGUUCUUUGGUUUGGAGAGUUCCCCUAUCAAAAAAGUGGCAUUUUACAAAAAAAUUGGAGUGCUACAACUUGUCAUUAAUCAUAC